AUGUCUGACCAUCGUGAUGAAUACGCUUCGAAUCUGCGGAAAUUGCAGCUCAUGGGUUUCGGUAAUGAAUCUCGAAUUAAAGAAGCUCUUCUUUCCUGCGAAAAUGAUGUUGAUUCUGCAAUAACGUUCCUUGUCAAUGACAAUUUCGGGCCGCAUGUUCGAAUUCAAGAUGGUCAAUCAAGUGAGAAGGAUAGUCCUUCUGUGACCUCUGUUGGUCGCUUUCCCGUUGAAGAACUCAAAAAGCUUGAAGAUACUCUUUAUGUCGAAAAAUGGAAUAUACCUUGCCUACGGUCACAAUCACUUGGAAUAUGCUUAUUAGCCGCAAUCCAAUUUCUCACGUCAAGUGCUGUCUUGCAGUGGGAUGCUGACACUCUAGAAGGAGUUCAUAAUAUGUUAGAGUUAGUAAUUCAACUAGCCGUCGAAUGCCUGGCCGCCGGAAAAAAGCUAUGCACUGAUCAGCCAUCUGGUCAAACUUCAGUUGUUCAAGACUUAAUUGGCGUAGCGUUUGCCUACCUGGAAGCGAUAUUUAAUCCCGAGUGCAGCUAUCAUCAGAGGUGCCGUGAUCGAAGUUCGAACAUCGGAAAUUAUAUCUCCCUCAUUCCCAGCGUUGAUCUCACAGCUGAAUACCUAUUUUUUUCCAAAGAAGUGGAAAAAAGCGAUUCAUUCAACAACUGGAGCUCGUUGUCAAGUAGUGAGACCGGAGACGGGGACAGUAGGCACCUAUUUGCAGAACCCCUACCGGCACCGAAAAAUUUCUACCUCGUGAAUUUGCUCAACUGUUUUGGAGUUCACGGAGGGUUCGAGCUCAUCCGCUGGUAUGUCACUCGCCAUCACUUCCCCCUGAAGGGCAUGCAGUCGACGCUGGGUCCCCUGGCCAAUGUGGCGGAGUAUUUGACAAUGGAGACAAUGUGUCGCUACGCCAGCUGGCCAAUCAUUCGAACCCUGUGGCUCAUCCACAAUCUCACCUCUGAGGAUUGCAAUCCACAGGAGUCUAGGAUAUUCGAUCUGGUGACAUCCGUGCGUGUGCUGUGCUAUCGAUUUGCAUCCCUCGCCAGUAGUAGCAGUUCCAAUGAAGCUGCUUAUGUGUUCAACUCCUCCUUCCCCUUCACCGUCGUUGACUUCACCCAGCCCCGCCAACCCGAUUGGGACAGUCUUGUCGAGCAAUAUCCGUCGAUACCCCCAACCGCGCCCUUCUUUUCUGUGUCCAGGGUGGAUGAGCGACAUCUAGCCAUCCUCCUGGCCUCCUUGUGUCCCCCUGCGGGCGCUGGAAGUUCAUUCAAGGUGCGGAUGCUUGCCUGUCGCCAUCUGAUCGACCAACUGUCGGCGGUCCAGCAAGCACGAUCCGCUGACGCUGCGAUCAAAUCCAACGCCUCCGCGGCCACACCCGUCGUGACCUCAAUGUCUAUUCUGGCAGCCGAGAAUCAGGCCUUUCUGAAACGACGGAAGGUCCACAAGCUGAUCCGAUACGACGUGCUCAUGACGUGGGUCAGGGAGAAGGCGGUCGUCAAGUCUAUCAUGAGUAAGUACACUCAAAUGUUAAUUUAA